AUGGAGAACGAGGAAAGAGCUCACUUAAGGUCACAUUAUCAGAAUGAGUUGGAAUCUGUAAAGAAUGAAGUUGCUCACAUGACCAAUCUGCUUGAGCAACUUCUAAAAGCCAAAAACGGGGAGGGAACGUCUACCCAACCAAUUAUGGGAGCACCAGCAGCUCAUAUCCAAGGGACCUCUCAAAACUUGGGGGUAGAUUCAACGGCAGAACAACAUUUUGUGCCUAUCACCUCUAUUCCGCCAAGUCAAGCUCCAUUCACCGUGGACUUAACAACAGAUGGACCUCCUGACAAUAGGUCCACUGAUAAUGUGAACUACGACAAGUUGUCAGCUCUAGAAGAAAGAUUAAGAGCAGUUGAGGAUAGUCUGGCGGGAUCUGCCCUAAGCUGGUACAUGAGGCUGGACAAUGUUAAAAUUAAGAAAUGGAAAGAUUUGGUGGAGGCCUUUCUUAAGCAAUACAAGUUCAAUUUGGAAAUUGCUCCGGAUAGAACAAGCCUUAUGUCAAUGGAAAAGAGGAGCCAGAAGUUACAAGGGAUUAAAGCAGGGCGUAUAGCGGAACCGUUAGAGAAGAAAGGUUUUAUAGGAAGGAAAAGAGAAGGUGAUAUUAACAAUUUGAAAGGUGAGUACAAAGGCAAUAAUGUAAAUUACCAGAACCCACAGAUGCACACCCCUCAUUCCACCAACAUAAGCUUUGCUAAACCUUUUCAAACCAAUCGAACAAAUUACCAACCAAACAACUACCAAAGGCCAAAUACAAAGUAUCCUUCGGAACAGUUGCCACCCUUACCCAUGCCCUUAAAAGACUUGUAUGCUAAAUUGUUGAGCAUAGGACAAAUAGCUCCAAUUCUUUUACCACCAAUUGAACCACCCUUUCCCAUAUGGUAUAAACCAGAAUUAACUUGCGAGUAUCAUGCUGGUAACCCGGGGCACGGAAUUGAAACUUGUUACGCUUUCAAAAGAAGGUUGCUAGAACUCAUCAAGAUGGGGUGGGUGUCUUUUGAAGAUAUGCCCAAUGUUAAUUCCAAUCCUUUGCCUAAACAUGCUGCAAGUGGAGUAAGCAUGGUAGAAGUUGGGAAUCGAAGUAAAGGGUUCAAAAUAUCCAUGAAGAAGUUGCAUGGUAUGUUGGUACAGUCAGGGUUUCUAAAGAUGAAUAAUAAACAUAAUCUAAAAGGGAGUGAUUAUUAUGAGUUCCAUGAAAAGAAGGGACAUCAUAUCAAUGAUUGCAUGGAGUUUCGCAAAAAAAUUGAGAAAAUGAUGAUUAUGGGAGAACCGAGGAUUGAAGCCAUGGAGAACGGUGAUGAAAUAAGAAUGAUCGAGGGCCAAGACAAGUUGUCAGAAGUAUGUAGAGUCCAACCAACAGCUUAUGGGCCGCCAAAGUUAAUCCUGGUUAAACCUUCCUAUACAAAGAGAAAUCACAAUGCAAUGCCCUAUAAUUACGGCUAUGCCUCCAAUGUUGGAACCCCUCUUCCUUUGUUCCAAACUGAGGUUAGCGGGUUGACUAGGAGUGGCCGGUGCUUCACACUUGAGGAGUUAAGGAAAGAAAAGGGUAAGGAGGUGGUAGACCUGGGCAAAGAACUGGAAGUUAAUAAACCAGUAACUGAAGAAGAGUCAAAUGAAUUUCUGAAGUUGAUAAAGCAUAGUGAAUAUUGCAUAGUAGAUCAAUUAAAGAAAACUCCAGCUAGAAUCUCCCUUAUGUCUUUGAUACUUAGCUCUGAACCGCAUCGAAACGCCUUGCAAAAGUUAGAUGCUAAAGGAACUGGACACAACAAACCCUUGUACAUCACCACUAGGUGCAAGGAUUGCCUCAUAGGAAAGGUGCUCGUCGAUAAUGGUUUGACUCUUAAUGUGUUGCCAAAACACAUGCUAAAAGAAAUGUCGGUUGAUGAAUCUCAUAUGAAGCCUAGUACCAUGAUGGCAAGAGCAUAUGAUGGCUCACCAAGACAGAUAAUUGGGACUUUAGAAUACAUCAUGAACGGGAUGCUGGUAAUUGUCAAGGCUGAGGAGACCGUAUCCAUGAUAAAGAAUGUGGUUAUACCUUUCAUCGAGGCGGAGGAUUGCAAUGAUGAAUAUAGCCAUGCUUUUGAGAUUGUGAACAUUGAUUGGCAUAACUCUAUCACCAAAAAUCCAGAAAGGGUUAAUUUAAUAAUGAUGAAAUGUGCUAAUCAAAGAUUUGGGCUGGGGUAUGAGCCUAAAAAGGAGGAUCAUCGAUGGGCUGCUGGUAGAACAAGGGAAAGAAGAAUGGUUAGGAUUCAAGGAAGAGAGCCUGAAGAAGAAGAGUUGGAAAUCCCUCCCCUAAGGGUAUCAUUCCCAAAGGCCGCAAAUGUAAUGCAACCUGAUAAAGAUUCAGAAAGCCUUGGUCAAAAACUAUCAACUAUGGACAUAAACACCUUGGAGAAGGAUAAAGAGGAAGGAAGUGGCAUGAAUAUGGUAUCGGGAGUGAAAGAUGAAUCACUGCCACAGCUGACUGUCCAUACUCUAGAAGAAGUCUCCACCACGACCUUUGUGCGAAAGCUGGCCAUGGGCGAGAAGUUUCAGAACUGGGCUCAUGAGGUCAGCCAGAUUCUAUCCUUGUCAUCGAGCCCACCCUUUGCUUUAAUGAGAUCAUGCAUUUUUCAAAUGUUGUCUAUUUAUAUGCAUAUUUACACUAGACACCUUCCGCUUUCAAGAAUCCCUGAAAGUGGAUCUUCCACGACAUCACAUACACUUAACAUUAAGAAUGAAUGGCCAAACUUUAACGAACAUGUGAUUGCGGUGGAAGAAGAAGAAUGGGAUGAAAGCAAUAUCAGAGAACUCGCAAAACUGGUAGAACAACAUGAACAGAUUUGGAAGCCCGCUAUAGAAGAACUUGAAACCAUAAAUAUGUUUUUUCUUGGUCUUACGAGGAUAUGCCUGGUUUUAAAUGCAAAUAUCGUAGUACACAAGAUCCCACUGGAGGAAGGUUGUAAACCAGUCAAGCAGAAAUUGAGGAGAGCCCACCCAGAUGUCUGGAUCAAAGUCAAAGCAAAACUCGAGAAACAGUGGAAUGCAGGCUUUCUAGAAGUAGUUAAAUAUCCACAAUGGGUAUCCAAUAUUGUUGUUGUGCCAAAGAAGGAGGGAAAGAUUAGAGUUUGCGUGGAUUUCCGGAACUUGAACAAAGCUAGCCCCAAAGAUGAUUUUUCACUACCACACAUAGAUGUUUUGGUUGACAAUGCUGCACGUAGUUCCACAUACUCCUUUAUAGAUGGUUUCUCAGGAUACAACCAGAUAAAAAUGGCUCUGGAAGAUAAGGCGAAGACAACUUUUGUUACACCUUGGGGAACAUAUUGUUACAAAGUUAUGCCAUUCGGUCUAAAGAACGCAGGGGCAACCUACCAGAGAGCUAUGGUGACUUUGUUUCAUGACAUGAUGCAUAAAGAAAUUGAGGUGUAUGUAGAUGAUAUGAUCGCAAAGUCAAAGAAGGGAGAAGAUCAUAUAAAGGUUUUGAGAAAACUAUCUGAGAGGUUGGGGAAAUAUGAACUAAAGUUCAACCCUGCAAAAUGUUCAUUUGGGGUUAAGUCUGGAAAGCUGCUAGGAUUUAUGGUAAGCGACAGAGGUAUAGAGGUAGAUCCUGAUAAAGUAAGGGCUAUCCGACCUAUGCCGUCCCCAAAAACUGAGAAGGAGGUAAGAGGAUUCUUAGGAAGAUUGAACUACAUCGCCCGAUUUAUAGCUCAGUUGACCACAACAUAUGAACCUAUUUUCCGGCUUUUAAGAAAAAAGAAUCCUGGGACUUGGAAUGAGAAGUUGACUGAGGCAGCUAUGGGAUGUGUAUUAGGUCAACAUGACGAAACCAGGAGAAAAGAAAGGGCCAUUUAUUACUUAAGCAAGAAGUUCACUGAAUGCGAGUCUAGAUACAUGGUGAUAGAGAAGCUUUGUUGUGCAUUGGUAUGGGCGACAAAAAGAUUACGACAUUAUAUGUUGUAUCACACCACUUGGUUGAUUUCAAAAGUGGAUCCAUUGAGGAAAGCCGUGAAGGGAAAUCCAAUUGCUGAUCACCUAGCUGAUAACACUGUGGAAGAUUAUGAGCCAUUAGAUUUUGAUUUCCCAGAUGAAAAUGUAUUAUCAAUCGAAGAGGAAGAAGGGAAGACAAAUUGGUGGACCAUGUUUUUUGAUGGGGCAGUAAAUGUAUAUGGUAAUGGGGCCGGUGCAGUAAUAAUCUCUCCCGAUAAGAAGCAGUAUCCGGUAGCAGUUAAAUUACAUUUUGAAUGCAGCAAUAAUACAGCUGAGUACGAGGCUUGUAUCCUGGGUUUGGAGGCCACAUUAGAACUAAAGAUUGAAAAAAUAGAUGUGUAUGGUGACUCAAUGUUGAUUAUCUGUCAAGUGAAAAGAGAAUGGCAAACCAAAGAAGAAAAACUAAGGCCAUACCAGGAAUACUUAUCCACGCUAGCAGAAGAGUUUAAAGAGAUAAGGUUCACCCAUCUAGGGAGAGAAGGAAACCAUUUUGCGAACGCUUUGGCUACAUUAGCUGCUAUGGCUACGAUUGAUCUUGGGCGAAAAGAAUAUCCAGCAGGAGCAUCAGAGAUGGAUAAGAAAACCCUAAGAAGAUUGGCUAGGGAUUUCUAUUUAGAUGGAGAGAUUUUGUAUAAAAGAUCAUUUGAUGGAACCUUGCUAAGGUGUCUGAAUGAGACAGAUGCUAGAAUGAGAACCUUGACAAGAGCCACUCCGUAUUCUUUAGUAUAUAGGAUGGAGGCGGUGAUGCCUUUGGAAGUAGAAAUUCCCUCGUUAAGGGUGUUGAUAGAUUCAGAACUAGAAGAGGCUGAGUGGGCCAAAGUGAGAUAUGAACAGCUAAAUAUGAUCAGUGAAAAGAGGGUAACUGCAAUAUGUCAUCAUCAGCUUUACCAGAAAAGGAUGGCCAAAGCAUAUGAUAAGAAGGUUAGACCUCGUAUGUUCCAAGAAGGAGAUUUGGUACUAAAGAAGCUCUUAGCUCUACCAGGGGAAAAUCUUAGCAAAUGGGCUCCAAAUUAUGAAGGUCCUUAUGUAGUGAAGAAGGCUUUCUCGGGAGGAGCUCUACAGUUGUCCAGAAUGGAUGGAGAAGAUCCAGCCAGACCUGUGAAUUCUGAUUCUAUAAAGAGAUAUUAUGUUUAA